GUUCAUGUAAAAUUUGUAACAGAACAUAGUCAGGGAAGUGAACAGUUAUGCAUGGUGUGCACACUUAAAAGCCUGUACGACGAAUGUCAGACGAGAUCCCAAGUUCAUCCCUCUGGCAUAUACUCUCAGCUGAAAAGUUUGAUGCAUCACUGGCAGCCAUGCAGGUAAUCAAGAAGAUGCUCACGAGUUCAUGUUGGCAAUUCUUGACAGAAUAAACAGCCACCUAGUUGUAGACGAGAAGUAAGUGAACAUGACUCAGUCAGCAAUGGAUAAAGUAAUGGCAACUCUCUUAUCGACCACUGUUAAAUGCAGUGAGUGUGAGCAAGUUUCCACUACAUCUAUGGUUUCUAGCCACAUUCUAAUUGGAGAAAGUAUAGAGAAGUGCAUUGAAGCUACUUUUAGCGAGGUGCACCUCAGUGGGUGUAAUCAUGUAACAGGUGCAAAUCUCCUUCAGAGUACAAAGGUACACAAUGUAGGAAAUGAGUGUAUCUCACAAGAAUUGAUACUACUGUGCUGCAAGGAUGUACCUACACUGCAUAGGGUAUGUAAUGGUGGUAAGUACGUUCAAGAAUCUGAGAUAAAGGGUAACUUGCCUGAUGAAGUGGUGGACGAAGAUUUGAUCAGUAUCCAAUCUUACUUCUCUAAGAAACUCCUGGAUAAAAAAGUUCAAGCAAAGAGAACAGAAUGGAAAGAGAACAGAAUGGAAAUGUGGAGCCAUUACGUCAAAGUGGAACAUGGUUAUGUGUGAUUCAUGUUUUGUCUGGUAUCAUUGGUCUUGCACUGACAUUGAAGUAGAGAAGAAUACUCCUUCAGAAGAUACAGAUUGGUACUGCAGGAACUGUGCAAAGAAAAUCAUUUUUAUAAUAAUAAAUUUUUAUUUAAUAUUAAUUUUUGUAGACUACUUUUUACUAUCUAUUCCAUAGCCCUCCAUCUUCUUACCUUC